UCAAACUGAAAGUACCAGUUUCGGUUUUGUUUUUGCUGUUGUGUGUUGUAUGUUUGGGAGGAGAUUUUGCUCAUUCUACAACAAAAACUAAAGUUUCGUCAUUAUGGAAAGUUCCAAAAUCUGUAUCCGAAACUCAACAAACUUUUAUCAAAUCUUUUAAAAUAGUUAAGGAACGUCAAUUAGUGAGCAAAGCAUUUAAGAAAUUGAAUGGAAUGGCUCACAAAAUGAAUCUUCAUACCAACAAACCACCCAUCAAAUCAGCACUUUCUAAUAAGAAAGUAAAUACGAAAGGAAUCAAGAAGAAAUUAGAAGGUCCUUUCUUUAAGGGUGCUCAAUCUCAAUGGAUGAAAUAUUCUUUUAGAAAAAUUAAGAACAAACCGUUGAAUUCUCUUCUCAUUCCUGGAACUCAUAAUUCCUUUGCAAAAUCGUUGAAAAGUGAAAAAUCACCAAAAAAAGCAAAAAUCAACAAAAUUUUCAAAGGUUAUCCGAAAAAAUUGAUUCGUUUGAUACUUUCUCAAUGGAAAGAAACACAAACGAAUGGACCAGUUGAACAAUUGAUGGAUGGCGUUAGAUAUUUUGAUUUGAAAAUUUGUCAGGACUCUUCAGAAUUUUCCAAAAUUAGAAAAUUGAAGAUUUGUAAUUCACUUUAUGCUGGAAUUUUGGAAAAAUCUUUACAAGGUUUGGCAAAUUUUGUAAAAUUUGUUGGAAAGAAGGAAGUUCUAAUAAUUAAUUUUAGAGAAUUUACCUCAGUUGAUGAAAAGAGUCAUCAGUACUUGUUCAAUACUUUACAAUCCAAGUUUGGAAAGUUAUUAGCAGAUUCCAACAAACUUUCACCAAAAUCCAAAUUCAAAGAUUUCAUUCGUUUGAAUCAGAGAGUGAUUAUCUUGUAUGGAAACUCUGAUACGGUAUCCAAUUCAAAGGGUUUAUUAUGGUCGAGUGAUGUAAUUCGCUCACCAUCUUUCAAAGUUCAAGAUUCCAUUUCACUUUAUUCGAAAAUCAAAGCUCAACUCGCAGAAAGAUCUAAAACUGAUGAAAAACUAUUCAUCACUCCAGCAUUUAUCACUCCAAACAUUCAAAUGAUAAUCAAGGGAUUACUAUCUCAACCAACUUGUCUCCAACAACAAUCCUCACAAGUCAACCCAACCAUAGUCAACUGGAUCAGUUCCAACAACUUGCCAAUAUCGAAAAUGAACGUCAUCUUGCUCAAUCAUGAAAGUAAACACCUCCUCUCUGCACUAAUUGUAAAAAAUCUGGAACACUAACUGUAAAGCGAACUUCAAAUAAAGCAAUUUGUGUACCAC